AUGACCGAGUACAUGCGGAACACCGUCCCAUACUUUCUCAAGAUGCUUCAGAGAGUGGACUUCACGACGGCGCGCGCCAACAGGAGCGCCAAAGCGCCACUCGACAUCGGCAUGAUGAUGUUCAACGAGUCGCCUCGAGCCUUCGUGAACAGCACGCUCGUCUUCUCGUUCGACAACAUGACCGGAUCGCUGCGCCACGGAGCCGAGGCGCAAAACUUCACCGUUCAGUCGCUGCUCAUCGUCGCCUACUCGGUGAUCAUCGUCAUCUCGCUGUUCGGCAACGCGCUCGUGUGCCACGUGGUGAUCAAGAACAAGCGGAUGCAGUCGGCGACCAGCAUGUUCAUCGUGAACCUCGCAAUCGCCGACAUCAUGAUCACCACCCUCAACACGCCCUUCACGCUGGUGCGAUUCGUGAACAACAACUGGGUGUUCGGCAAGACCAUGUGUCACGUGAGCCGCUUCGCGCAGUACUGCUCGCUCCACGUGUCCACACUCACCCUCACGGCCAUCGCGCUCGAUCGAUACCAGGUCAUAAUGCAUCCGCUCAAGCAGAGGAUGUCCAUACUCAAGGGCAUCCUGUGCGUCGCCAUCAUCUGGGUUCUGGCCACCGUCUUCUCUCUGCCGCACGCCGUUUUCCAAAAGAUAUUCCGCUUCCAAUACAGCAAGGGCAACUUCAGGAGCCUCUGCGUGCUGUCGUUCCCGGAGCCGGCCGACGUGGUGUGGAAGGCCCUGGACCAGGCGACCUUCGUGCUGCUCUACGUGCUGCCGCUGCUCAUCGUCUCCGUGGCCUACGUGACCGUCGCCAAGAAGCUGUGGCUGCGCAACGCCAUCGGCGACGUCACCACGGAGCAGUACGUGGCCCACCGGCGCAAGAAGAAGAAGACCAUCAAGAUGCUCAUGCUCGUGGUGGUGGUCUUCGCCGUCUGCUGGUUCCCGCUCAACUGCUACGUGGUGCUGCUCUCCAGCCAGGCCAUCCAGACCAACAACGGCAUCUACUUCGCCUUCCACUGGCUGGCCAUGAGCAGCACCUGCUACAACCCCUUCAUCUACUGCUGGCUCAACGAGAGCUUCCGCUCCGAGCUCAAGGCCCUCGUGGCCAUCUGCACCCCGCGGGGGGGAGCGGCGGGGGGGGAGGCUGGCGGUAACCCGCUGGGCGUGAUCCCCCGCGCGUCGCGCCAGGCGUGGGCCGAGCGCAGGAGCUACCGCCGUGGGGCGCGCAUGGUGGAGAGCCGGCUGACGUCCAACCCGGCGGUGGUGGCACCGGAGGGGGGCGAGGAGGAGGAGAAGACGGAGGAGGUGUCGUCCGAUCUGGUGGACGCGAGGCAGAGCAGGAACAUCCUGCGGAGAGCCCGGGACAUGCUCCACCCCGUGCACUUCCAGAAGGAGGGCGAGGCUGUCAAGGUGGAAGAUGACCUCAUGACGCUGUGAAGGAGCCGCCCCCCCCACCCACCUCGACUUGCUCUCCAGGACACCACCGACCCCCGACUGGCAGACAAAUGCCCCCUGGAGGGCGGCUGCGUUCACCAUGGGCCAAGUUCCUGGGGGGGGGGGGUCGUCCCUUGGCUCAAACUUUCUGGGGAGGGGGUCCCCCUUGGCUCAGACGCCCUGGGGAGGGGGUCCCCCUUGGCUAAG